AUGACAGCGGAGAAACCUGCUCGAUACAACCGACUCGUGCAGCUCGAUGUUAACCGACCGAUGGACGCCAUGGGUCAUUUCAAUGCAAAAGUAGUCGAUGGCCGCAUUCCGCUCGUUCUCAUUCCAUCGUACCCAAACUUCUUUACUUUCAUGCAGCAAAUUCCAUCUGGAGUCUGGGUGUUACAGCAGACUUGGAAUACUCACGCCGGAAUGAUAAAUCCUGGUCUGAAGGUGUUUUGGCCGGCGUGGAAUCGUGUCUCGCACAUUGUCACCAAACAAGCAGUCGCUUACUCAAAUCCCGUCCGAGACUGCCCCACCGCGGACAACGUGAUGGUCGACAUCGACAUAUCUAUCAGCUUCCAGAUCGGUCCAACGGAGGACGAUGCCGUCAAGUUCGUCUACACUUUAGGUGCCCAUCGGUUGGAUGAACUUCUUUUCAGUCUGACGGAGGAAGCCAUCCGUGGGCUUGUGAAUUCGGUCCGAUACGACCAAGUUCACGAUUUACGUGAAGAUUUUGCUAUGGGGAUGAAGACGGACCUCAACAAUAAGCUGGCGCAAUUUGGUGUUUUCAUCCACAACGUCAAGGUUACGAACGUCGAGCUCCCGUCAUCAUUAUCUUCAACACUGGAAGGAACCACUGCCUUCAAGACCCGAAUGGAGGAACAAGAAAAGAAUCAUGAAAAUCAACUUCGCAUCUUGAUAAAUGAGGAAACUCAAAAACUCACUGCAGUACAAAAAGAGAAUGAACGGGCCGUUCCAGACUUGCUGGCCGCCAAAGCUCGCGCAAAUAUCAUUCGCAACGAGAUGAGAACGACUGCUGAAGCAAAGGCCCAGAUGACGAUCGCGCAGCACAAAGCAGAAUACGCCAACAAAAUAAAGGAGGCUGAGGGAUUCAAGAUUGACGCCGUGGCGACAGCUACCGCCGCUUCCGUACGAGCUCAGACACAACCUGCCGUUGAUCUCGCAAAUCUAAAGCAGAAUUACGCGCAGUAUAUCGCUGCUGCCAAGAUCAAAAGUGACGCCAUGGUUAAAGCUGCCGAACGCGAGGCCACAAUAAUCUUAGCGGAUGCCGAAGCUGAAGCGGUCGCAGCAGAUUUCCUAGCGGAAAAAAGAUCUUUCGACUACCAACAGAAAAAAAUUCGCCUGGAAACGGGCCUUGCGCAUGCCGUUCCGAUGGUUAUCAGCGGCAAAAAUGGCGACGAUUUAAUCCGUCAGACAGUGCUCCAGACACUCGAUAACAAAGUAACCAAGUUAUGA